AUGGCCUCUUUCUUGACUAUCAAUGACGACUGCCUUUACAGAAUUAUUUCCUUUUUGGAUGAUCCGGUUUCCUUUCACAGCGUCGCUCUCUCCUGCAAGAGAAUUCAACAGGUGAUUAACAACACUCGGAGCAUUCUCCAUCCAAAGUUGCUGCGAUUAAAAGCUGAAUAUUACAUAAAAUGCUACCUUGUGGAGAUCAGCGAUUGCAGUAGAGACAACAACAAGUUUAGAAAUCUGGAGACUCUUCUGUCCAAUGCUACGCGCCUUGCAGCAGCUAAGGAACUCCUGACUUAUGCGAAAGUGGUAAAUGCUUGGGCGAGAAUCGGACCCGCGGUAGCUAAAUUGUUUACAUGGAUCAGAAAUCUGGAGAGUAGAAAAGAAGAAGGCGUACAGCUAGCGACUUGUUUUACCGAAUCUCGAAGUGUCACGUUGCAUUUGCCGGGCUGUGACAGGGACUUAAAGAUCGAUACCACCUACCUUCAUACUCAGAUCGAUGAUGACAACGACAACAAAUUGAGCAUCCACGCAACUUGUGGAGAUUUGGAUGUGACGUCAGAAGGUGAGUUUGCAGGUUAUUUUUGAUUAAUGAUUUAAGUUGACUACAGUGCUGAUAACAGUGGAACUGGUUGAGAUAACUGAAUUGAGAGAGUGAUUGACCAGCUGACUGAAAGAGUGACUUAGUGCUAGCUGUGAGUGACCAACUGACUGACUAGGUACAGCUGACUGACAUACUGUCUGCCCAGUGCACCUAGGCCUGUAGUGACUGUCUGUCUGAGACAGUAUUACUGACUGUCUGACUGAUUCAAACAGUGACUGACCAACUGAGAGAUUGGCCGACUUACUGCCUGACUGAGGGAGAGACUAGCUGACCAACUGACUGACCAUUUCAUUAAGAGAGUCAACUGGCUGUAUUGACUGACUGACAAACUGACUGACUGAUUGAUAGACUUACUGAAUGAAUGAAUGAAUGAAUGAAUGACAAAAGGAAGGACAGAAAGAAGUGGAUGUGGAAGUGAGUAAGUGUGAGUGAGUGAGUCAGAGAUUGAUUGAUUGACUUAUCCAGUAAGCAUCCUUUAUUUAUGCAAUAUGCCUGCUUGGGUGUAACUGGUGAGUAAAUUAAUCCCAGCCAAAAUAAUUGCACAAAACUUGAACUUAAAGCAAGACUUGUUUGGCAAACACUGGUGUGGUGACCCCCUCUUUAACAAUUUAACAACAAUUUAUAAGAAAACCAGGUAUGCUUUUGAAUGCUAGGAAAAGUUAGUUAAGGACCUUCUACUGAUUGUCUGUAAUAAAGUGCAGCAGCGUUUUAUGUUGAUUAUUUUUGUGGCAAUUAUGGGCAAGUUGCCAUAGUACAUUUCUUGGUAUUGUGCACAAUUCUACAUCAGCAGACUGUCUCUAAUACUAUUUUGACUAUGUGGUUAAAUUACCAUUUUCAAAGCCAAAAUACCAUUUUGUGUAGGUGUCUCCCACUAUUGCCCUUGCGAUAUUGAUAGUUGGGAAGAAAAUGAAUGUCAAGCAAUAGUCAAACCAAUGAAACCAGUAGUGGAACUCCUGCAGAAGGAGCUUGGUGCAACAGUUCCUCAGAUGACAAACAAGUUUUUUUUGUGGUUGUGUUACUUCUUUCCACACCAGAACACCUUGGCAUCAGAACACAAACUAAUUUUUGAAGACCCAUCCAGGAAUGUAACACCCACCCCUGAGGAUGUUCAGCCAGCUAUAGAUCUGUUUCAUCAGAACCUUCAAUUUGAUACCAGCUUGAGAAACUUAGUGUCUGAAUGGAAUGAUCCUGAUUCAAACCUACCCAGUCUUAUCACCAAAACUAUGACUGUCUUGAUCCAGAGAUCAGAGACAGAAUUCCUUGGAAAGCUCCAAAGGGAUGCCAAAGGCCUCUAUGAGAUUGCCUCAGACCUUAGGCAGACACCACUGCCCAAACCAUUUGUGCAGGACUUACUCUUACGAACGGAGCUUCAAUCUAGGGAUCAUAAAUCUGGUUUGGUUGGAGAUGAGUCUGAGAGUUGGUUUUUAGAUAGCAGAGCUUCAUUCAGGUUUUCAGGAGGUAGAGUUGUGAAAGUUUGUGGUGGCAUACAUGGGGAUGAGGAAAGCUACCCAACUUGGUAUAAGUUGGAGCUUACAGUCACCCUACCAAAUAGAGAAGAAUUGCAGCUGGAUUCAGACCACAGAUACAGGAGGAUACCUAUUCAAGUUGAAAGGUUGAGUCCAGUUACUGAGCUAUUUCAGCAGGGUGUAAAUAAAUGCAUGGAAGGAGAGGAGCACAUCCCCAUGUUAAAUGACCACUUUACAGCCUACUAUCUUUUGCGUGCCUUGAAAUUUGGUGGACAAGAAGAAACGUUCCUCAGAGGGGAUGAGGAGCAUGGUGAAGAGGAACAUAGUGAGGAGGAACAUAGUGAAGAGGAACACAAUGAAGAGGAACAUAGAGAAGAGGAACACAAUGAAGAGGAACAUAGUGAAGAGGAACAUGGUGAAGAGGAACACAGUGAAGAGGAACAUAGUGAAGAGGAACACGGUGAAGAGGAACACAGUGAAGAGGAACAUAGUGAAGAGGAACACGGUGAAGAGGAACACAGUGAAGAGGAACAUAGU